GAUGCCACGUGGGAGGCGGCGGAGCCGCCGCCGCCGCCGGGCCGGAGUCGCGGCCCCGCUGACGCUGGGGACGGCGCUCGCCGGUCGCCGCGAGGAGGGGAGGUCGCGGAGCCCCCGGGACCGCACCGGGAUCGCCGAGACCCGAUGGGUGCUCGGCGCGGUGGCGCCCGGCUCGCGGCUCGGCCUCCCGGGCCUAGAGGCGCUGGCGGCGGCGGCCGGGCCUAGAGGCGGCUCCCCGCCCUGGGCGGCGCCCUCGCUGCUGCAGGUGCCGGCGGCGGCCCAGCCGGCCCCGCGGCGGGAUGGCAGCGACCUUCCCGCCGGCGCGCCCGCCGCCCUGGCCGUGCUGCGCCUUCAGCCCGGCGCCGAGGGCUCGGCGCGGGCGGCGGCGGCCGGGGCCGCGCCGCGCCUGCGGACCGUCUACGUGAACCCGCGCUGGCUGGAGCGCCAGGCCGCGCUGGGGGCGGCGGCGGCGGCCGCCAGCCCCUGCGCCGAGGCGGCAGCGGCGAGCGGCGCGGCCGGGGCCCCGGCUCCGGUUCCGGCCCCGGCCCCGGCCCCGGCCCCGGCUCCGGCGGCGGCGGCGGGGCAGGGCGAGGCCGAGGCGGCGGCCACCCCCUACGUGGGGCUGCGGCGGCCGCUGGGCUACAAGCUGGCCAAGGCCACCAAGGAGCGGAUCUGGCGGGGGGAGUUCAUUGACCUCUUUUCCUUGCUCCACACAGAGCUGGCCCCCGAGCACGGCCCGCGCCCGGGGGACACGCUGGACCAGUGGGUCUCGGCCUUCCUGGUGUACGCCAGCGUGCUGUGCGAGAAGCACCCGGCGCGCUGCGGAGCCAUGUUCAAGUACCUGGACACCAUCCGCAAGCUGCACGCCACCUACGGGGGCACGUCCUGGAUGAACUACGAUGAGGACUUUCGGCGGCGGGCGGCCAAGAACCCUUCUCUGCCCUGGGGCGACGUCGACUUGGACCUGUGGAUGAAGUGGAUGGCGCCCCUCAAGUCGCUUGUCCCCAGGCGCCCGCGUGCUGAGAGCGAGACACAGGCCUCGCCGGCCCAGCCGCCACCGCCGGGCCAGAGCCCCAAGCAGGAGGAGAAAAGCCAGACUCCAUGAAAACAGAGGACCAGUUGGGAUGGAAGUCAGACUAAGUGGCUUCAGUCUCGAACCUUGUUCUCUGAAGCUCCUGCCAGAAAUGCUGGAACUGAGAAACAUGUGAAGAUGGCUGAGAUGUUUACUGCUGAGUGUAAGAAAAGUACAAUGCUACUCAGCUUUCCUAAGUCUGGGAAUUUUUUGUUAUAGCCUGGUUAAUAUCUUCCAGGGGUAGAGGACCAGAAAAGGUAAACCUACGUGUUGCUGUAGCUUGUGUUGCCUAGGAGAGUAUCACAGCAUGCCCUGUGUAUUGAAAGAUUUGGCUGUGGUAGGAGAUAAAAAUUACUUGACAGAUGUCUCCUGGUAAGAUGGCUUACUCUGUGGCUUAACCUGGCAAGCCACAGGAAAUAAAACAUGUCUUAAUUCGCUUUCAAAAUGCAGAAGUGACUUUCUUGAGAUGGGAUUGUUGCCUUGAGCAUGUGUGCCUUUUUGAUGUAGAAACUAGUGAUGCAAGUAUUGGGCCCUGUCAAGCAGGAACUGAAAGCUUUGAAAUGUUAGUUGUAGAUGCUGCAUCUGUGAGUUCGCUCUGCUUAAGACUACUGGCAGUUAAAUUAACUGAUGUAUUCCUAUUUUAAUGCCUGUGAAGUUGCACCACAGGUUUAUAGUGUCAUUAUUAAUUAUUUUAUGCACAGCAAUCAAAGGACCUAAUCUUCUGAUUUGUCAUCUUCCCUUCUGCCCCCAUCUUCCCCGUUCCCCCAUCCCAAUCUGCGGGAGAGAUACCACUGUGAAAAGGAGAGCAAUUUCAGGCAUCAUGGUGAAAGCUGGACUGACUUAGGAAACUUCAGAGAGCACCAUUUACCUGACGUUCUCCUCUCUGUUGCUGCACCCCUUGAAAAGAGACAAGGACUAGAGGCAAAGAGUCAGCAGCACCUGGGUGGGUCAGUGAGGAGGAGUGAGCCCUCUGAGAUAGGUAAGGAUAGAAAAGUUUUCAAUACUUAAUAACUUUCACCUAUGGUCUCCAUUCUAAGGAUUUGGUGAAGUAGGAAAUGCACCCACCCCACACACUAGUACUGACACAGAGCACCAGAAAAGGGGUGAAGUUUGGGGCUGGCUUUAGAUUCCCUGCUUUCCCUCCUUCUCUUUGCCAUGCUUGCUGCAGAGGCUUUGGCAGGAGGAAGGGGGUAAUUCAUCACCCCUGUUCCUUGUGACAGCUGGGCUUGUGGAGUUCCAAAUGGUGCUGGAACAGUUGGUGCUGCUGGGAGAGUUGGGUGAACUGUGGCUGAGGGCUGGUGGGAGCAGUACAGAAAAUCACAUUGUGCUGUGCCAAGGCUUCACAAUGACUGCCUGAACUUAUCAUGCUCUAGGAGCUCAUGGUGGAAGCAGAAAUUUAGUUGAUAUGUGGAAAGAUGAGUUUGGCAAAUUAAUAUAUCAGUAUUGGAAAUUGUAAAUACAGAGCCACAGGAGGCAGGAGAAAACAUAGUCAACAGUAAAUUAGGGGAAAUAAUCUAUUUGGAGGCCUCUUUCAAGCAGUAAGGAAAAAGCAGAGUCUGUAAGACUUUGUGUGUCAUGUUAAGGACAGUCAAUACUGAGACAUAAAUUGUAGAAAUGCAUAGAUUUUACAGAUCAAAUCAUUGAGGGUGGCAUAUAUUUGUUCCCUGUGUUGUUUCCUAUUGGAGUUUCUACUUUGUCCUGGAAUCUGGAAUUACUUCUUUCAUUUCUGGGAUUUUUGGGGGGGUUUGUUUGUUUGUUUUCUCUGUUGUUGUUGACUAGGAGUUCCCGGGGCAGUCAGUGGCAGUGCCCUGAGUAGAAGCUCUUUGGAGCUCUCCUAGAUACACUCGUGGUUUACCUUCCAGGUGUGCUCCUUUGCUUUUAUGUCUGCUGGAUUUUACCUCCUGUUGUUCUGUGUAG